GUGGGAAGAGUGAAGACCGCUGAGCUGAGACAGACAGCAAAAACCCUAAACACACAGAGUGGAAAUUCCUCUACCUUCUUCGUCUUCUUCAACCUAAAGCCCUUCUUCACACUUUCUCUAAUCUCUACUCCCUUUCUUCCUUCUGUUUUCCUUUCGUUUCUCACCCUUUACAAUUUCUCUGCUCUUUUUUAACUUCACUGUCCCUGUACUCCGUUUCCCGCCUUCCUGUCACUCGUCUCUACCUUCGCCGCCGAGGGAGAUAAUGCUUGUUGUCGGCGCCGGAGAUGAAGGUGUCGUUGCAACGGAGCCCGUCAAGGAGCACACCGCUCCUCUGUUCUUCCUCUCUUUUUAAACCCACUCUCUCUAAAUUCUUCAGAGCUCCCCCUUCAAAACCCUCUUCUUCUCUCCUCUCAAUGCCCUGCCACGCCGCCGCUUUCUCCUCCACCGCCGCCGCCUCCUCUUUCUUCCCGAAUCCUUCCUUAACGGCUCCCAAGGCGGAAGCCGCGUGUUCUCGCUCGUAUUCCACGCUUUACAGCGCCUGCCGCAGCGCAAUCGAAGGGGCCGGGAGGACCACAGCAGCUGGAACCCCGCUCCGGGCCUGGCAGGUAGGUCGUUUCCUCUGCCGCCGCACGCUCUCGGCCGCGGAGCAGGUGGGCUCUGCUGCUGCUAAUGCAUCUGCGGCCGCUGUUGAAGGGCUUAAGUGCGGUGGGGAUGAUGGAAGCGAGAACAGUGAAAAUGACGACGGCGGCGGCGGCGAAGAGAAGGAGAAGCAGCAGGGGAAGAUAAGCCGGCGGCAGAGGGGCUCGCCGAGCGGCGACGCCGUCAGUAACGCUGAUUUGUUGACAAUUCCUGGUGUUGGCCCUAAGAACUUGAGGAAAUUAGUGGAGAAAGGGCUGAGCGGCAUGGCUGAGCUCAAGCAGCUGUACAAGGACAAGUUUCUAGGGAAAGAAAAUGAGACAAUGGUGGAGUAUUUACGGAGUUCAGUAGGGAUUAUCCACCGAAACCAUGCCGAGAGCAUAACAACGUUCGUCAAAGAGAGUGUAGAUGAAGAGCUGAAAGAUACAAGCUCGGAUGCCCGUCACAUUCCGAAGAAGCGGAUUACGUUCUGCGUGGAGGGUAACAUCAGUGUUGGAAAGACUACAUUUCUUCAGAAGAUAGUCAGUGAUACGAUUGAGCUCAGAGACCUUGUUGAAGUGGUGCCAGAACCGAUUGAUAAGUGGCAGGAUAUAGGGCCUGACCACUUCAAUAUACUGGAUGCAUUCUAUGCUCAGCCAGACAGGUAUGCGUACACGUUCCAGAACUAUGUUUUCGUCACAAGGGUUAUGCAGGAACGAGAGUCGUCAAUUGGGCUGAAGCCUCUUAGGCUCUUGGAGCGAAGCGUUUUCAGUGACCGAAUGGUGUUUGUACGAGCAGUGCAUGAAGCGAAAUGGAUGAAUGAGAUGGAGAUAAGCAUCUAUGACUCAUGGUUUGAUCCGGUUGUAUCAGUUCUACCCGGUCUUAUCCCAGAUGGGUUCAUCUAUCUCAGAGCGACCCCUGACACUUGUCACAAGAGAAUGAAGCAUCGAAAGAGGGAAGAAGAGGGUGGAGUUUCCCUAGACUAUCUUCGAGACUUGCAUGAAAAGCAUGAGAGCUGGCUGUUCCCCUCUGAGACUGGGGAUCAUGGUGUCUUUUCUGUCAGUAGGCCUCCUUUGCAACUUGAUAGCUCGAUACAUCCUGAUAUAAGGGAUCAAGUGUUCUUCUUGCAAGGUGAUCACAUGCAUUCCAGCAUUCAGAAGGUUCCGGCUCUGGUUCUGGAUUGUGAAGCAAACAUUGACCUUAACAGGGAUACAGAAGCCAAAGAGCACUAUGCGCGCCAGGUUUCUGCGUUCUUUAAGUAUGUCAAGCAGAUGAAGGAAGUUUCGCCAGCUCCCGGUGAUGGUGGCCCCAAUGCUAGACAGAUCAUGCUACCGCGUGAAGGCGGGUUGCUGCUACCAAAUGGUAAGCACUUCAACGAAUCUGCUCUCAGGUCUCUGGAAGCCCAACGAGCUCUCCUUCGCGUCUAGCCAGUGAGAGCAGCUUGCUGCCCGCCCAACCUUAGUUCCCUCGCCUUCUUUUUGUCCGACACUCCGGUUUGAAGAUGUCAAGUGUCUGUCUCCUCCUGCCGCGCAUGUAUAGAGUUUGUUUAACCCCCCGAAUAGGCAACCCCGUAGAUCUGUAGAUUUUGGUUUUGUAUGAAUGAUGGGUAGUUUCUGAAAGAUGGUUUGUAGUGUUUUUAAGGAUGGUAAUGGAAGCUGUUGCUUGCUUAGUUGCUUUUAGUGUCUUUACUCUUUCGUUUCAAGUCGUGGACUAAACAUUGUCAAAG